AUAUGACUGGCUGAUUCGUUUUUCACAAACAGGAAGUGAUUCCUCUAAGAAAAAUCGAAACUUAAGCUGUUGUCGAAAUGUUGAGUAUUCUCUUCUGUCUGUGAGUUUGUGCUGUAAAAUGGCAGAAUCCAGUAUUUCAGUGGCUCAGGAUCAGUUCAGCUGUUCAAUCUGUCUGGAUCUACUGAAGGGUCCAGUAACUAUUCCCUGUGGACACAGUUACUGUAUGAGCUGUAUUUUAGACUGCUGGGAUCAGGAUGAGCAGAAGGGAGUCUACAGCUGCCCUCAGUGCAGACAGACCUUCACUCCAAGACCUGCUUUAGGGAAAAACACCAUGCUGGCUGAAGUGGUGGAGAAACUCAAGAAGACCAAACUACAAGCUGCUCGUCCUGCUCAGUGUUACUCUGAAUCUGCAGAUGUGGAAUGUGAUGUUUGUACUGGAGACAAAAACAAAGCUAUCAAAUCCUGUCUGGUGUGUCUGAACUCUUACUGCCAAAAUCAUCUUGAACAACACGAGAGUUUCUUCAGAGGUAAAAAACACAAUCUGAUGGACGCCACUGGACGACUGCAGGAGAUGAUCUGCUCUCAACAUGACAAACUACUGGAGAUUUUCUGUCGUACUGAUCAGUGCUGUAUUUGUUAUCUGUGUACAAUGGAUAAACACAAAAGCCACGACACUGUAUCAGCUGCAGCAGAAAGGACUGACAAACAGAGGCAGUUGGAGGAAACCCAGAGUAAACUCCAUCAGAGAAUCCAGAGGAAACUGAAGGAGUGUGAGGAGCUGAGAGCAGCUGUAGAGUCUCACAAGCGCUCUGCACAGGCAGUAGUGGAGGACACUGAGAGGAUCUUUACUGAGCUCAUCUGCUCCAUUGAGAAGAGCCGCUCUGAGGUGAUGCAGUUGAUCAGAGAUCAGGAAAAGGCUGCAGUGAGUGGGGCUGAAGGACGACUGGAGCGACUGAAGCAGGAGAUUGAUGAUCUGAGGAGGAGAGACGCUGAGCUGGAGCAGCUUUCACACACAGACCAUCACAUCCAUUUCCUACAGAGUUUCCAGUCUCUCUCUACUCCUCCUGGAUCCACAGACUCAUCCAGCAUCACUGUCAGCUCUCCUCUCUCUUUUGAUGAUGUUGGUAAAUCUGUGUCUCGUCUGAGAGAGAAACUGGAGCAUUUCUGCAGAGAGGAGAUAAAAAAGAUAUCUGGUAAAGUGAGAGAGAUAACCAGGAUAUCCAAACCUGAACCAAAGACCCGUGAGGACUUCCUCCAGUAUUACGGUCCGCUUACUUUGGAUCCAAACACAGUGAAUAAUUACCUGUUGCUGUCUGAAGGGAACAGAGUGUUUGAAUACACUUCUAAAGACAAUCAGUAUCCUGAUCAUCCAGACAGGUUUGAUUGUUGGCUUCAGGUGUUGUGUAGAGAGAGUGUGUGUGGACGCUGUUACUGGGAGGUGGAGUGGAGCGGCAGAGGAGUGUCCAUAUCAGUGGCGUAUAAGAGCAUCAACAGGAAAGGAGAGGGAACUGAGUGUGUAAUUGGACGUAAUGAUCAGUCCUGGAGUUUGUCCUGCUCUGACUCCAGUUGUUCAUUUUGGCACAAUAACAAACACACCAAACUGCCAGUAAUGUCCAUCUCAUCUAGAAUAGGAGUGUAUGUGGAUCACAGUGCAGGAACUCUUUCCUUCUACAGCAUCUCUGACACAAUGAACCUCAUUCACAGCAUUCACACCACAUUCACUCAGCCACUCUACCCUGGGUUUAGGAUCAAUUCUUUAUAUUUUCUAUUAUCAAAAAGCAAGCCAAAAAUAAAACUAAGUGAUGUGAAGAUGUAGAUGGUGAUAAAUCAGUAACUGUGAAACAUUUUUGUUUUAUUAUCAAUAAAUCAAGACUAAAUUCUCCACCAAAUUAAGAAACAGAAAUGCCAGCAAAGAUAUGAAAUGUCAAAUGAUGAACGUUGUGCUUUUGUCACUUUGAACAGAAUCAUAUCCUGCUGACUCUCACUGCAUGUUUCUAGAUUUCACACAGGCAUGUUCUUGUUUAUAUGUGCUCUGAUAAAAAAAUUAAACUUUAAUCUUAAAAGAAUAGCAGAAAUAUAUAAUUAUUCUCUCAGUGCUUUUAUAUCACAGCCAUUGUGAUCUUGCAUUUAUAUUAUUGUAUUAAUUUUUGAUCUAUUGGAACAGAUUUAUUUGUACUGAAAAUUUGCUAUUAUUGCAUCAGUUUUGAAAGACACAUAUAUUGUCAUUUAUUAAGGCAAAAAAAAUAGAUCAUUAGUUUAUAUUAUUGACCAAUAUAAAAUGCCAGAAGAAUCCUUAGUAGUACUGCAAGAUAAAUGUAUUUCUGUAGAAUUUGUAUUUUACUUUAUCAGCCUCAGUAAGAAUAUAGUCCUCUGUAUUUUGUGUAUUUUCACAUUGUGAGUUUGUUUCUCUCCUGAUGAAUUCUGUUUUACCACAGACAAAAGUGUAACCCCGAGUUCAGCUUCUAAAUAAACAUCACUGUCAAAACACGA